CGAAGCAAUUCUUUGAGGAACGACUGCACGGCUGCGACGACUUCAUCACUUCAGUUCGGCACAGGUGAAUAUAAAAUAAAUACCUUUCCAUCCCGUUCAGACUAACAUCCCGGACAAGGACAUGCCAUCAGCAUAGAUAAUCCAGGAUUAAGCGAUUGCAGUCCGUCAGUCAGUCGUUAGUAGUCGCCGACUCAAAUCUGCUCAAACAUAUCCGAGAUUUCUUCAGUAACUGUUGCAGACCUAAAUCAGAAUGGAUUGCACCAUUUGUCUUCAGAUGUUCAACCCCGACUCGGACAUUUACACCGCACCUUGCGGUCACUUGUUUGACUACGCCUGCAUAAAUCGCUGGAUUCUCUGGAGGUCCCCCACUUGUCCACAUUGCAAGGCCGAGUGCACCAUGAACGAGUGCCACAAAGUGCACUUGGACAUACCGGAAAAUCCCGAGGCGAGGAACUAUGAGAACCAAAUCAACCACUUGUGUCAGCAAAUCCAGGCCAAGGACAACAAGCUUAGGCUCCUGAGGACCAAGCGGGACGAGGUUUUAGCUGAAAUUGAAGGGCACACGCUCAGAAUUGAAGAGCAGAGACAGGAGUUGGUGGUGAACGAACGAUCGCUUGAAGAAUUAUAUGCAACGAUUGAGGAAUUGCAAGCAAAUAUUCGGACUCUAACUAGGAAGGAGCAGUGCGCCAAGAGAAGGCUGAAGGAGCUCAGAAACUCUUUGAAAGAUGUGAGCGGUGUGCUUGACCGUUUCAGCUCGAAAGUUAACAUCUACAAACGUCAAUAUCAUCGCAUCAGACGUAAGCUGAACUCACUUCAGACCGGUUGGGCUACAGAAAAGGCAGAAUUGACUAAUGAGGUUGAAGAGUACGAAAGAAAACUAAAGUCGCAUGGAAUUAACACGGAGUUCUUGGAUGAUGCCAUCGAAGAAAUGGAAAUUAUCCCUCCUGAAUCAGACUAAAGGAUUUUCUUUUAUUUUUGUUUUUGUUUUUUUCACAUUCUUAAUUAUUAAUUACUAAAUUUAAGUUUAUUUGUAAACUGUGCAAGUUUACAUAGAAUAAUGUGAAAUAAUUACCAUUUGUUUAGUCCAAAAUUCCUUGUAACUAAUUGUAAGAUCAAAUUGGCAUUACUUUAAAAGUUAUGAUGAUCUGUAAUUGGUAGUGAGUUUUUGAUAAAAUAAAAUGUGUUAGAUUCUGA